AUGAAAGAAAAAAAGUCUUUUAGAGUAGUCCUUCUACUGUCAUAUCUUGUUCUAGUCGCCGUAGGAAAAGGUGCAAGAACUAUACAACAAUGGGAAAAUACUAGUCAGAUCCCCACAUAUCAACAAUUUAAUAAGACCAUUAUGAUGGAAGAAGGAGAUAUCUAUGAUUGCAUCAAUGUGAAUCUACAACCGGCUUUUAACCACCCAUUGUUGAAAGACCACACAAUUCAGAUGGAACCAAGUUCUUUUCCGAUUGUACUAAACAUAAAAUCUUUGUUCCCACAUGUCGUUUCACAAGCGCAUUUGUCUAUCGUCGAAUGCCCAAGAGGAAUGGUUCCAAUACUACGUAAUGGUAGAAGGGACCAAAUAUCAGCACACUUUAUAGAUCAAGUGAUUAACAAGGAUGCACAACUUGAGGAGGCAGGAAUGAAAUAUUUUGAUGAUUUAUAUGGGGUACAAGCUACAAUAAAUGUUUAUGAGCCAAAGGUGAAGAAGGAUAGCGGGGAUCUUAGUCAAACAGGGAUCCAAAUUGAUAAUGGACCAAAGGGUCAUAUGGACAGUAUAAAUGCUUGUUAUUCAGUAUCUUCAAGCUUCUAUGGCGAUACUUUUGCGAGGUUUCAUGUUGGUUGGCGCGAUGGUGUACAAAACAAGUCAUGCAUUGAUCAUGAUUGCCCUGGUUUUGUUCAAGUUAGCCACAAUGUUGGCCUUGGAGGAAGAGUAAAACCUGUUUCAGUUUACAAUGGACCACAAUAUGUGAUACACAUUCUUAUUUUCAAGGACCCAAAGACACAUAAUUGGUGGUUGGCGUAUGGUGAAGACAAGACACCAGUUGGAUAUUGGCCAAGUUCAUUAUUCACUCGCCUUAAGGAUAAAGGAAACUUUUCAUACACGGGUGGGCACGUUUCAGGACCAACAGCUUCAUCAAACUCUCCACAAAUUGGUAGUGGGCAUUUUGCCUCCGAUGGCUAUGGAAAAGCGGCUUUUAUAAAAGAUAUCCAAAUUAUUGAUAACAACAACAAGCUUGUAACACCAAAUAAAGAGAAAGUGCUUACUGGCAGUAGUGACUUAAGGAAAUAUACCAUCGGCGAUUAUGGAGUUGAUGACCAUGGUGUGCAUAUGUACUAUGGUGGACCGGGUAAUUAUGUCUAA